AUGCGCAAGGUUUCCUUGGCCACCAAGAAUCCCACUGAAGGUACCUUGGGCCCAACAUGGGAAGGUCCUUAUGAGGUUACCAAAGUCUGCCGCCCCGGCACUUAUCAGCUUCGUGACACCAAGGGCAAGACCUUGCCUCAUCCUUGGAAUGCUGAUCACCUCAAGUACUACUAUAAGUAA